CCCUUCGUUCUCUCUCUCUCUCUCUCUCUCUCUCUCUCUCUUUUCCACUCUCGUGCUCUCCUCGAAGCCUCCAAAUGGCGGGAGCUCGCGAGCCCUAGGUUUUCCGAAACCCUAGAUCCGAAUCCUCCUCCUCCUCCUCUGCGCCAUGGAUUCCGAGGGCGGCGGAAGCGGCGGCGGCGGCGGAGGCGGAGCCGUGAAGGACCUCGCGACGCCGUCUAAGUUCGUGGCCGCGUUCUUCCUCGGCGGGCUCGUGCUCGGGGCGUCGCUCCUCGCCGUGCAGGUCGGGAUCUCGCUCCCGCCCUCGCUGCAGCUGCCGCCGCCGCUCUGGGGGGGCCGGCGGCGGCGGCGGCGGCGCCCCGUGCGAGUGUACAUGGACGGGUGCUUCGACAUGAUGCACUACGGGCACUGCAACGCGCUGCGCCAGGCGCGGGCGCUCGGGGACGAGCUCGUCGUCGGGGUCGUCAGCGACGACGAGAUCACGGCCAACAAGGGCCCCCCCGUGACCCCGCUCCACGAAAGAAUGAUCAUGGUAGCGGCUGUAAAAUGGGUGGAUGAAGUCAUUCCAGAUGCUCCUUAUGCCAUAACUGAGGAGUUUAUGAAUAAGCUGUUCAAUAAGUAUAAUAUUGAUUAUAUUAUUCAUGGGGAUGAUCCUUGUCUACUCCCUGAUGGUACUGAUGCAUAUGCCCUUGCCAAGAAGGCUGGCCGUUAUAAGCAGAUUAAAAGAACUGAAGGAGUGUCAAGCACAGACAUAGUUGGUCGCAUGCUUCUUUGUGUAAGGGAGAGAUCUACUGGUGAUAGUCAUAAUCAUUCUUCUUUGCAAAGGCAGUUUAGCCACGGUCAUGGUCAGAAGGUUGAUGAUGGUGGAUCUGCAAGUGGAACUCGUAUAUCCCAUUUUCUGCCUACGUCUCGACGAAUAGUGCAGUUCUCUAAUGGGAAGGGUCCUGGUCCAGAUGCUCGCAUUAUUUACAUAGAUGGUGCAUUUGAUCUGUUCCAUGCUGGACAUGUGGAGAUAUUGCGGAAGGCUCGAGAACUGGGAGAUUUUUUACUUGUGGGCAUUCAUACUGAUCAGACUGUGAGUGCUACUCGAGGAGCCCACCGCCCAAUCAUGAAUCUUCAUGAGAGAAGCUUGAGUGUGUUGGCUUGCCGUUAUGUAGAUGAAGUUAUUAUUGGUGCCCCAUGGGAGGUCUCUAAAGAUAUGAUUACUACGUUUAACAUCUCUUUGGUUGUUCACGGAACAAUUGCAGAAAAUAUGGACUUUCUCAAGGAGGAAUCAAAUCCAUAUGCAGUUCCAAUUGCUAUGGGUAUCUAUCGGCAACUAGAAAGCUCUUUAGACAUCACAACUAGUACAAUAAUUAGGAGGAUUGUUGCAAAUCACGAGGCAUAUCAGUUGUCGCCGGUCAAAUUCAAUGUUACUUGGGUAACCUCUGUUAAGAAACGGAACGAGAAGAAGGAAGCGAGCGAGAGGAAGUACUACGAGGGCAAGACUUACAUGUCUGGAGACUGACUCUGCGGAAGCGGAAACCUCGCAAUUUUAACAUAAGAGUUAUCUUGAGUUUUUUCUUUAAAUCAUUUCGAGUCUGCAUAGAAGCUAAUGAUAAUGCUUUUCGAGUAUUAACAGGCGAGAGCUCAUUAUAUUAUUAUAUUUAUAUUCAUGAUCUUAGGGUUUUUGGAACCUAUUAUUGAGUUCCUCCUUUUUUUUUCCCCCUUCUUUUUCACUUAUUCCUUCUAUCUAUUUUUGUUACUGCUGUUAUUACUAGCCGAGGUUUUUGUACUUGUAAUUUUGUUUUGUUUUU